AUCCUUUAUCACUUAUUUAUGUUUAGAUAAAUUAUUGGUUAUAUUGAAAUAUUUUAAUAAUAAUAAAUAUUAAUAAUUUUUUCGGUAUUGAUGUUUAUUGAUAUGAUGAUCACACUGACAUAUCAUUGAUUUAUUUAUUUUCUGUAAGCACAAUUACACAAUUUUAAUUUUCUACAAACUUGGCUAAAUUUUUUUAUUGUAUUAUUAAAUAAUUAAUUUAUUUAACUGUCAAUUGUUGAUGUGUAUAUUUUUUUUUUUUGUGUCACUAAAAACUAUACUGCUCCAACGUGGGAAACAAAACGGCCAUCUUAGGAUAAAAUGAAAUAAAAAAAAAAGAGUGGGAAGUGUUGGGGUGGGUUUCGAAAGUUUGUUGUGUAGGUUUUCAUAAUUUUCAAAAUGGCAGAAAAAAAUAAAAUGGAUCCAUAAAUUCCUAGAAUUUAUAACUAGGCAUUAAAAUUAUUUUUAUUUUACGCAUGACAAUGCGCAACGUGUUCAUGAAGCCUUAAGACACGUGGAAAUAAAUUUUGAUGAAUAAUAAAAAUAAAAAGAAAAUAAUAUAAAUAAUAUUUUCUAUUUUUAUUAUUAAUAAUUAAUUUAUUGAUUAUUUUUUAAUUUAUUUUGUGUUUGGUGUAAGCAUUGAGAUUAUUUUAUAAGGAACUUUCUGAUUGAGUCUUUGACAGUCAUUGAUCAAAUUGGAGCCAAUAACAAAGGGAUUAACAAGUGUAUUUUUAUUAUUUGUUAUUGUCCAAAAGUCUAAGCUCCAAUUGCAUGUCAAGUAUCAACAAGAAUGGCUGAUGAAAUAUUUUCCCCCCUGUAAAUACUGAACAAUGGAUAAGCAUUUUUCUAAUGACUCAUUAAAAGAAAAUCUUUUGCAACGCAUACAACGUGUUGACCAAGGCAAAAAAAGAUCCAGUGUGAUUCAGUGAUUUUAGCUACAUUUUAUUUCGAUUUUAAACCAUUUGAAAAUUAUUAAUUAAUUUUAUUGACUAACAAUAAGCACAGAAUCACAUUGGAAUAAUAAAUAAUUCAAGUAAUAAAUAAAAUCAAAUAUGGGUUCGAAAAAUGCAAUUUCAUUACUCCAAGAGUAUUGUCAAAAACGUGCACAAAAGCUUCCAGAAUAUACAGAAAUUUCUGCAUCAACUGGGAUACAACCACCCUUAUUUAAAUGUCGUUGUUUAUGUGAUGAUGCCAAGGUGGAUGGUGAAGGACAAAGUAAACAAUCAGCAAAAUUAGAUUCAGCUCAAAAGAUGUUAAGAAUUAUUGUAGCAAAUGAAAAAAAUAAUUUAACAUUAAAAAGUAAUGUACCAAUUCCAUCAGAACUUUUAUCAGCUCAAGAUCUUGAUAUACCAUUGGAGUUGAUUGAUGAAAAAAAAAAGAAACCAGUUUUUGUAAAUUAUGUUGGUGAUUUACAAGAACUUUGUGCUGGACAUUCAAUUAAAAUGCCAGUUUAUUCUGAUCAAUCAGUUUCAAAUGGAUUUGAAUUUACCUGCAAAAUUGAACAACACGUUACAACUGGAGUUGCUGGAAAUAAAAAAGAUGCUAAACAAAUAGCAUCACGUGAAAUGAUUGAUUUAUUAAAAAAAACUUAUGCUAAACUUUCAAUUACUUCAUCAACAUUAUUAACAAUUGAAAAUGAAUUAAAAACAGAUAAAACAACCGGUGAAAUUAAUAAACUAAUAAAUAAUUUAACUUUGGACAAACAAAAAAUUCAAGUAAGUAAUAUUGAUAAUGACAGAAAACGUAUUGAUGAAGCUAAACAAAUUUAUCAUAAAUUAAAAAAUCAACAUAAUAAUAAAGUGGUUAAUAGACAUAGUCACAAAGAAAGUCCAGUACAAAAUUUUCAUGUACUUUUUAAAGAAUCAUUAGAUAAAAAUGUAUUGAACAAAUUUCAUGAUUAUUGUAAAAGUAAAAAUGUUGUUGACUUGACACCCAAUCAAGUACAAUUAAUAUUCAAUGAAUUUUGUAAUAUUCUUGAUUUAAAAGUUGAAAUUAAAAAUUUAAAGACUGAAAAUAAUAUUUACGUAACUCAUUAUUCAGUCAAUUGUUAUCCAAAAUCAAUUGAUGAAAUUGGAAUUGGAUCAAAUAGAGAAAGUGCUGUUGUUAAUUGUAUGACUCGUUUAAUUCAUACAAUUUAUAUUCUUCUUCAUUAAAUUAAUUAUUGUUGAUUAAAAUUUUUAAAUGUUCUAUUUGUGAUAAAAAAAAAAAAACUGAUUUCUUUUUUAAAUACUUAAAGAUAUAUAUAUCAACAAAAUAGAUCAUGAAAAUUUAUCGUUACUUAAUACCUCAAUUGAUUCUAAGAAAUUCCAUUAAAUUAUAAUUAAUUAAUUGUUAUUAGUACUAAAAAUAAUUUUUUUGUUUUGUUAAAAAGAAAAGAUAAUACUUGUGUUUUUGUUUUUCAUCGUUAUGUACGUGUAGUAAACAAAAAAUUUAUCUUAAAAAUAGUUUUAUUUUAAGUAUCUUAUUUGUUUAUAUUUGAAAAUUCUUAAAUUUAUUUUCAAAUAUGUUAAUAAUAACAAAAAUUAUGUUUAUGUUAAUUCUGAAUAGUAUAAACUAACAGAAAGAUUAUUCUCAUUCAAAUAAAUAAAUAAAUUAAAAUUCUGUUAGUUUAAAAGUUUUAUAAUUUUGAUUAAUUGAUAACUAUAAUUUUAUACUUAAAGAGAUUAAUUAAAUGAACAAAAAAAGUUCUUUAAUCUAUUUUCAAAUAUAUUAAUAAUUAAAAAAAAAAAUUAUGUUUAGUUUUGAGUAAUAUAAAAUAACAGAAAGACAAAUAAAUUAAAAUUCCGUUAGUUUAAAAAUUGUCUAAUUUUGAUUAAUUAAAGAUUAUAAUUUUAUACUCAAAGAGAUUAAAUAAACGAACAAAAAACACUUAACAAAUUGUUAUAAGAAUUGUAAAAUAAAAAUAUAAUUAAAUAUAUA